AUGGCAUAUUCUGAGAUAUCAUAUUAUGGUGGUACUGGGGUUAUAUUCUGUACUAUAUUAGUUGUCAUGUUGAGUCUUAAUUCUUUACAGGUUUCUAAGUUAAACUCUGAGCUUGUCAUUGAUGAAGAAACACAAGUAUUUCAUGGAUUAGAUAAUUUGGUGAACCAUUACUGCCAGAACCCAGUAGGCCACUCAAGCACAGUACUAACACAUCCUUGUUGCGGUGAAUUGCUGCCUUCUGAAGUCCGUCUUCAUGGCUCCUCCAGUCUUCUCCACAGAUCCACAAGCCAAGAGAAUGAGCCAGAGAAAUAUGAGAUGAGCCAUGCAAAAUAUCAUUCCUCUUUGACUUCUGGAAGGUUACUAAAGUUUGGGAGUUCCUUAGUCAAUCAUGAGGCAGCAGAGACCAUGCAAUUUUCUUUUACUGAUUUGCUAGAGACAAUUGCACCACAUUUUCUAAAUUUUUGGCAUAUUUAUGGUACAGAAGGAGGUGAAGAAGGGACAUUCCUAGUACGAGAAAGUUGUUCAUCUCCUGGGAAUUAUGUUCUGUCCUUCAUCACAGAGGGGCAGCCUAUUCACAUUCUAAUUCAAAAAUACAGAGAAGAUGCAUUCUUUUCCUUAGUCAUUGAUGAAGAAACACAAGUAUUUCAUGGAUUAGAUAAUUUGGUGAACCAUUACUGCCAGAACCCAGUAGGCCACUCAAGCACAGUACUAACACAUCCUUGUUGCGGUGAAUUGCUGCCUUCUGAAGUCCGUCUUCAUGGCUCCUCCAGUCUUCUCCACAGAUCCACAAGCCAAGGUAAUGUAACAAUAGUAGCAGAAUUACUAAAAUCAGGCUAUAAGAAAAUAGAUGACAAGAACAACUAUGGACAGACAUCCCUUCACAUAGCAUGUAUGAAAGGAUAUGAAGAGAUAACAAGAUUACUUCUACAAGUUCCAGCUAAUGUUGAGGUCAGGGAUGAAGAUGGCUUAACCCCUCUACAUCUUGCUUCUAGAUACAAUAGACCUGGCAUAGUGCGACUCCUUGUAGAGAUGGGCCAGGCAGAGAUCCAAGCUAGAACCACAAAGACAGAGGCGGUAGCUCUUCAUGAAGCUGCAGAACAUGGCAGCACUGAGUGUGUUAAAGAACUUCUGGCUCUGGGUGCUCCUUCUUGCCCAAGAAAUGUACGUAUGGAAACACCCCUUGACCUUGCCAAGCGGAAUGGCCACAUUGAGGUUUUAAGACUUUUAGUCAAUCAUCGGCCUUCACCACCACUGUAUUCUCUAAGAGAUUGUUAUCAUGGACAAAUUGAUCGCCAUGUUGCCCAAGAGCGACUAACCAGCAUAUCAAAACCAGGGCAUUUCCUCCUGCGACAGGGUACAAGAAAACUGGGGACUUAUGUUCUGACUUUAUUCUACCAAGAGCAAGUGUAUAAUUAUGAAGUUUCACAUGAGGGUGAAUUAGUGUUCAUUGAUGAUGGCCCAUACUUUACAUCAUUGGAGAGCAUAAUCAACCAUUACUCACGUUUCAUGGAUGGUCUGCCGUGCCGACUUCUCACACCAGUGCCUCCUCCACAGCCACUCCCUGAGCAUGAAAUUCCAGUCCAAGGUCCUCCUGUUAGUCACAAUAAUAAAUUAGGCACACCUUUGACACAGAGCCAAGAAUCCUUUGACACAUGCAAGACACCAUCUCCAAGUGGGUCACUUGCCAGAAAGUCUCCUUUACUAGAAUUUAGGCCUCAUUUGAGAAGCAGAAGUCCAAUUUUUAAGUUUCCUCCUCAGAGUGGCAGUGAUAGUGGAGCUGGCUCAACGGAGCAACAAUCAUUGUUGGCUGCAGUAAGCCAAGAUGAUUUAAGGCCAUCAGGCCCAGAGGUACUUGGUAGAACACAGGUGCCAAAACCUAACAUCAUUAUAACCGAUCCCUUAUCACAGGCAUCACAGAGUGCAACAGAGGAUUUAAUUGAUCUUCACACUUCAUUGGAUUAUGGCAAGAUUCAAAAAGUUCCUCGUCAAGCACCUCAUGCACCACAGCGUGCUUCACGAGAGAAUCUAAAAUUAGAUUUAAAGAACUUAAGUAUCAAUAGUCAUGGAGAAGGGACAGCCAUGAGUGGUAGCAGCCCAACAAUGGAUGGUAACCGUACAAAUGAAAUAUUUGGAGAUAUCGACAUCAAUCGCCUCAGUAUUGGACGGCGUCUUGGUGAUGGUGAAUUUGGUUCAGUAUUGAAGGGAGUCUGGCACAGUUCUUCAGGUGACCAGAUUGAUGUUGCAGUAAAAAUCCUCCAUGAUGAUGACAAAGUUAACAAAAAAAACUUCCUCAAAGAAGCUGAAGUAAUGAUGAACUUGAAUCAUCUAUAUAUUGUCAAGUUCAUAGGAGUUUGCCAUGGUCCUCCAGUUGCUAUGGUCCAAGAACUGAUGGCAAUGGGUUCUCUUCUUGACUUCCUACUGGAACAUCCAGAACAAGUAUCCAUCGAUUUUCAUCUUAAACUUUGGGCUGCACAGGUUGCAGAAGGAAUGCUAUACUUGGAACAAAAACAUUUUGUUCACCGUGAUCUGGCUGCACGUAAUAUUUUGUUGUCAUCAAUGACCUUAGCUAAAAUUAGUGACUUUGGAUUGUCUCGAGCUCUUGGUGUUGACGAAGAAUACUAUACAGCAAGUGAAGGAGGAAGAUGGCCCCUAAAAUGGUAUGCACCAGAAUCUAUCAACUAUGGUACUUUCACUCAUAGCAGUGAUGUUUGGAGUUAUGGUAUAACACUCUGGGAGAUGUAUACAUUUGGUAAUCAGCCGUACGGUGAACUUCCAGGCCAUAAAAUACUGGAACUAAUUGAAAAGAAUGAGAGACUUCCUCGACCUGAAAAGUGUCCAAAGGGAGUCUUCGAACUGAUGCUCAGAUGUUGGAAUUACAAAGCGAAGUCUAGGCCAUCAUUCAGAGAACUAGCAACCAUUUUUAGAACCAAACCAGAGUAUAUCAAUAUUAAGCACUAUUUCAAGUAGUGUACUGUAAGUUGUGAAUGGGAAUAUGUGCAAAUGAAACCAUCAGUGGAUUUCAUACAGAUCUAUGCUUAGUACUUAUGGUAAAGUCACCUUUGGGAUUUCCAUGUCAUCAGUAUUAUUGGUUAGUAUAUUAUGAUAACAUGUAUUGUUGGUGUAAUCUAAGGGAUACUCAGAUAUUCAAUUAGGAAGUAUAAUUUUCUAACCCACAGUGUCGGACAGUAUUAGAUAAUUGUUUGGUGGUGAUAAUCCAAGUUCCAAAACAUUUUUAAAAGUAUAUCUAUGAAAGAUAUACAAGGUAAAUAAUUUUUACUAUUGUUAAUAGAAAGCAGUUUCAUGACAAGUUGUGUUUUUUCAGCAAUAAUUGUUAUUGCACAAUGAGCAUGUAUAGUAAAUUUCUCUCUCUCUCUCUCUCACUCUCACUCUCACUCUCA